UCUGUUUUUUUUCUCUUAAAAUGCAUUUUCAGAACUCCAGGAUGAUUAACCCGUUUCAUAAAGCUUUGGCUUUCCAGCACAUUGUGCUCAUCCUCCUAACACACUCCUGUGGAGGUCAGUCUCAGGUUGGUGAUCCACCUUCCCUAAUAGUGGCAUUAGUUGGUGAUGACAUCAUCUUGCCAUGUCACCAGGAACCGGCAGCAGAUGCUGUUUCAAUGAUCCUGGAGUGGGGGAGACCUGACCUGAAACCCAGAUUUGUACACGUGUGGCAUGAAGGUCAAAACCUUCUUGAUAACCAAAACCCAUCCUAUAAAGGAAGAACAUCGCUGUCCACUGACAAACUGAAGCACGGAGACCUUUCACUAAAAUUGUCCAAAGUAAGACUCUCCGAUAGUGGAACAUACAGAUGCUUCAUUCCAAAACAGAGCAAAGAAUACACUGUGCAACUUCUUGUUGGUUCUGUCUCCUCCCCCGUCGUAGCAGGGAUUAACAUAAGCAGCACUGCAGUGGUUCUACAGUGUGAGUGUAAAGGCUGGUAUCCAGAGCCUGAGGUGUUGUGGCUGGACGGUGAGGGAAACCUCCUCUCUGCUGGACCUUCAGAUACAGUCAGAGGUCCUGAUGAUCUCUAUACUGUCAGCAGCAGAGUGACUGUGGAGAAGAGACACAGCAACAGCUUUACCUGUAGAGCCCAGCAGAAGAACACCAACCAGACCAGAGAGACAGAAAUUGGUAUGAUUUAUUUAUUUCUUUAUUUCAAUUAG